UCGGCAACAUUUGGAGGCAUCUUGGUUCAAAAUCAGCACGCUAGGUUUGAGAGAGCAAGAGCUCACCCACCUGCCGGCGACGCGAAAGCGAACCACACCAGCUCACCAGAGCGUACGCGGCCGGCCGCGUCGAGCAUCGCGCCCGGCGAGGCCAUGGCGGCAGCGCAGAAGCCGUCCAAGCGGCUGGGCGGCAUGGCGGAGGCGCUCGCCAUCGCCGGGGACCUCGGCUUCCCAACCCCGCCCGCGCAGGAAGAUCAAAGUAGCUCAGACAAAAGUGAUGAUCUGGUGAAGGUAUUGAGGGAGCUAACUGUUGUGCAGCGGAACAUUGCCAAUUUACAAGUGGAGCUACAAGGAAGAAAGGAUGAUAAAAAUAUUGCUCAUUUGACUCAUGUUAGUGAAAUGGAAAAGAAGUGUGAAUCUUUGGGCAGAAUUACUGCAAUUUUGAAAGAUGUUAUUCAAAAUAAGGAUCGCAUUAUUGCUCGCCUGCAACAACCGUACUCCCUUGAUUGCAUUCCUGUUGAAGCUGAAUACCAGAAACAAUUCUCAGAGCUACUUCUGAAAGCAGCAAGUGACUAUGGGGCAUUGACAGCAUCAGUUGGUGAUUUCCAGUGGAGUCAAAACUUUAGAGAGUCACCUGCUGUCUGGGGGGAAAUGUUACGACCGAUACCCGCUGCGCUUGCAUCCUGCACUCGCUUCUUCGAGGCCAUGUCAGCGAUGAGGGAAUCCUUUUCUACUCUUCAGACACUACGCGUCGGCCAGUCUUCUUUGUCAAUGACCCCAGGUGGCUCCAGUGAUGAUUCGAAGUUCUUGACGCCACCGCAGUGGAGAGAGGGCUCUAUGCUCAAUAGCUGGAAGCAAGUGGAUGAUACAAACUCAGAAAGUAAUGGAGUCGACGGCAUCAACCAGAGGAGGCUUUCAUGGCCAUCCUCUAUUAACAGGGACCUGUAGAUCAGAUCUCAGCAAGCUAAUACCCCACCUGUUUACAUUUUGUAUAAAAAGGAUUCCUGAGGCUUGUCUUCAAUUUAAUUCUGUGUGAUUUAUUCUGUUCACUUGCAAAAGCUAUGUUUGGGGUGUUCAACUAUCAAGGAUUGAUUAAAAAUCCAAUAGGCUAUCCAAAACUGGAGUUCAUUGCAGGAAGACAAGUCGAGGAAUUAAAAUGCAUCCGAAUGUACUGUUUGCCAUGUGAUUUAUACGUGUAAAUAUUUGUUUUGCACCGUGAUUUGAACAAAUACAUGUAUUAA